GCACUAUCAAGGCGUUUCUGUCUGCUGAAAGCAGCUAACCAGCUGGUCCCUAUUAUAAUAAUGUGUGCCGCUCUGGGAAUACUCGCUUUUACAAUGGAGCAGAAUAUGCCGGGCUUCAUAGUCGGGGAUAUCAGUCUCAACUAUCCUAAACAGAGGGAGACGUUUACGACGAUGGCGGCGUUUGCACUGAUGUUCAUGUACCCUGUAUUGGUUGUAUUUCAUUCUCUGCUUAGAGCAAGAAGAUGGGGCAGGGGAUACUGUAGCAAGUCUGUUCUGGUUUAUUGGUGGGACAAAACGUGGUGUGGGAUGUUCAUCUGUUUUGUUUUCGUUUUGUUCUCCGAGUUCAUGAAACGCUUCGUCGGCAAGUUGAGACCCAAUUUCUUUGCUAUGUGUGAGCCUGAGUACGACGAAUCUCAGGGUAAAACAUACGAAAACGUGGGUGUGUUUGUGACAAACUACACUUGUAAAAAUGAACUGGGGGCGGAGGCAGCCCGGUCAUUUCCCUCUGGGCACUCCCUCUUUGCUAUCCUUCUAUUCAGUGCUAUGGGUAACUUGUUACAAUCGCAUAGGAGCAAGGACAAGGUCCUAGACCCCUUCUGGGCCCCUAAACUUAUGCUGCAGGCUAUAAUAACAGCGAUUAUCGGACCAGCUGUUGCUCUCACUCGCUAUACAGAGCAUUACCACCACUCUUCAGACGUGCUGGUGGGUAUUGUACUGGGCUAUGUCGCCUUCCUCUGCCUCCUUGUUUUGGAGAAGUGGUUCAUUGUGGAACCUCACUGUCUAAGUGGGUACACCGGUACAACAGACGAUCCUACAUCCGGGGGCCGGAUGGAGACUAAUGUUGAUGAGAUCCCAGAAAGUUCUGUCAAAAUAGCGAAAAAUGAAGGGCAUGUGUGAUUCAACAGUUACCACAUAUCAAGUGUGAUUAAACAGUUAGCACGUGCAGUUAAACAGUUAGCACGUGUGAUUAAACAGUUAGCACGUGUGAUUAAACAGUUAGCACGUGUGAUUAAACAGUUAGCACGUGUUAUUAAACAGUUAGCACGUGUUAUUAAAAAGCUACACGUGUGAUUAAAAAGCUACACGUGUGAUUAAACAGUUAGCACGUGUUAUUAAACAGUUAGCACGUGUGAUUAAACAGUUAGCACGUGUGAUUAAACAGUUAGCACGUGUGAUUAAACAGUUAGCACGUGUUAUUAAACAGCUGCACGUGUGAUUAAACAGCUACACGUGUGAUUAAAUAAUUAGCACGUGUGAUUAAACAGUUGUAGCGCGAUGCGUUACUGUGCCGCUCCGCGCACUCAAUGAGGCUUCUCACACUCACAGCUUCUCUCUCGCUAGAUCGGCGAGAUGCGCUACUGUGCCUCGCCGAGCUGCGAUGAAUUGACAUCGUCAAUUAAAUUAAACAGCUACACGUGUGAUUAAACAGCUACACGUGUGAUUAAACGCCGAUUUCAUUUGUUAAAUUUCAUCGAUUUGUGAUUGAAGCAGCGUAACCGAAUUGAACCUAAAAAUAAUAAAAUGUAUAAUAAGAAACAUUAAGGUCCAGAUUUUUAAACUUUAUCAUCAUGAAGCGUUUAUUUAAAUUUACAGACCUUUUUUAUAUUCUUGCAAUUGCAUGCAGUGUUCCUUCCUAAUUGCUAAUAUUAUAAUUUAUGAUGAGACAAAAAUUUUGCAAUUUAGCAUAUAGGUUUUAAUUAUUGCGUUAAGGAUUAAAUAAGGAAUAUUCCUUAUUUUCUUCUAUAUAAAUAAUUGUGUAGAUAUGGAUGUUGUUAGAGCAUAGAGAUUUUGAGAUUUUUAAAAUAAUUUUUAGUAUUGCAUCAUUAAUGGUGUAAUUGUACGUACCGUACAACGUAUGUUUAGUUACACGCGGUAAACGAAAUAAAUUAGAAUUUCAACAACAAACAAUAUAAAAUAUUUAUUUAUUUUGUGAUUAUGAAACCAUUCUUACUGAAUUUACCUGGUUUGCUAGUCUUGAUCGAGUACUACUGAACAAGAAGUUUGAAAAGUUAAAGAGUGCAUCGUGCGCAUGAACACUGGCGUGUGCCGUGUAAGGUAAAUACUGAAUUUCGGCACCUAAGUUUUGAAGUUUAUAUUCACGAGUGCGCGGCUGUAUUGUGUAUCAUGGAUCGUGGUUUCGCCGGGCGCGAUUAGAUUUCGACCGUUCUCAGUUCUGUGUACAUUUGUAAAUGUUGAUUUCGAUUUUAAUGAUAAGUAUUUAAAGUUAAUGGUUAAGGAGCACAAAUUUGUACUUCAAAUCUUUAUACUAUCUUCACGAUUACUUUUAAACC